CUAACCACUGGGAAUGUCAUCCCAUGAGGAAGGAGGCGCUGCCGCCGCCACCAGUAUCCCCGGCACCGGCAGGGCGGUUUCCACCCAUCAAACAAACACAACCAUCAACAAAAAACUCCCCGAGAUAGCCAUUGCAGUUGAAGAAGGAGGCUUCAAUCUCAGCAACGACGAUACAGAGAGACUCAAUUCAUUAGCCAAAGCUUUGGAAGGCGAUCGAUUAUUCGAACCCAAAGCGAAACCAUUGAUCCGAAAGGUUCCAUCAACCCUCUGCAUCCCCAAAGAUUUCGCCAAGUAUUUCAAGCCGAGGGUCAUCUCGAUCGGACCCAUCCACCACGGCGAUCCCGCCCUCGACGGCUCCGAGCCACUCAAGCUUAUAUUAGCAGCACAUUUCGUAAAGAACAUCGGAGUAGAGGAGAAGAAGUUAUACAACAUAAUCAAGACGGAGAUCGGGAGCUUGAAGAAAUGCUACGAUCCGAAGGAGUUGGAGCGGUUCGACGACGAGCAGCUGGCCUGGAUGUUCUUCCUCGACGGAUGCGCAAUCUUGCAAGCUAUUUUACAAGGCGAUGGAGAAGAACAACCGCAGAGCAAAAUGAACAUUAAGAAUGAUCUGCUGACGUUUGUGCACUUGGAUCUGCUCUUGUUGCAAAACCAACUGCCUCACGAGGUUCUUCGAUUGCUUACGAGCUCCAGCAGCAAUGGAUACGGAAAAAAUUUCAUGGAGUCGGUCAGAAGGUUCAUUGAGAACAAUGUUAUCACUCCGGCGGAGAUGAAAGAGCAACAGAAACAAAAACGGCCGUCACCGUCUCCACAAGCGGAGAUGAAAAAGCAACUGAAACAACAACCGUCUGCACAAGAACAGGAGGAAGCCGUUCAUCUGCUGGAUCGUUUGCGGAAAAGGCUGAUUUUGGAGAAGACGAAGGAGAAGGGAGGAAAACAAUUUGGACGCAAUUGGAUUUCUGAAUUUAUAAGGAGUUCUAGCAACAGAGGAAGAACAGAAAGCCGUUAUUCGCAAACUUUCCGUAACGUGAAGGAGCUGAGAGCCGCUGGAAUUUGGCUGAAACCUAGUCCGUCUAGCUGCCUGAAAGACGUGAGUUUCGGCCGCGUCUGCUGUAAGGGAAACCUAUGGCUACCGCCGAUCACGGUGGAUGACUCGACAGGGCCUAAGUUCAUGAACCUGAUAGCCUACGAAAUGUGCCCAGAUUUCGAAAACGACUUCACCGUCACCUCCUACAUCUGCUUCCUCGAUUCUCUCAUCGACGAGGCCGAAGACGUGAAGGAACUUCGAGACUCCGGAAUACUGUACAAUGGGCUGGGGAGUGAUGAAGAAGUGGCUAAGUUGUUCAACAAGAUGAACACUGAUUUGGUUCCGAGUCCGACGAUUUACUCCGACGUGAAAUGGCAAGUCCAGAGACAUUGCCGGAACAUUUGGAUCAAUUACGCGGCUCAAGCUUACUACACACAUUUUAACAGCCCUUGGACAAUCUUAGCAUUUGUCGCCGCCAUUGCUGCUCUUCUUCUCAGUGCUCUUCAGACAUAUUACACAAUAAAGUAA